AUGACGCCCGCCACAUCUAACCCUCCUCUCACGACGCUACGCGUCAAGGGAACCAAGAUUGUCGACGAGAGUGACAAUGAAGUAAUCCUUAAGGGCGCUGGCCUCGGUGGCAUGCUCAACAUGGAGAACUUCAUCACCGGGUACGCCGGUCACGAGUUUGAACACCGUGCUGCCCUAGAAGAAGUCCUCGGCAAAGAGAAAGCCGACUUUUUCUUCAACCGUCUCAUCCAUCACUUUUUCACAGAGGCCGAUGCCGCCUUGUAUGCACAAUUGGGCCUCAACUGCUUGAGGAUACCUUUCAACUACCGUCACUUCCAGGACGAUGACAACCCAAGCGUGAUCAAGCAGUCCGGAUUUGAUCUUCUGGAUCGCCUCGUCAAUAUUUGCGCCAAGUACAACAUCUAUGUUAUUCUCGACCUGCAUGCCGUGCAAGGCGGACAGAACCAAGACUGGCACAGCGACUCGGGCAUCAGCAGAGCACUGUUCUGGGAGUUCAAGGACUUCCAGGAUCGCGCAAUCCAAUUAUGGGAGGCCCUUGCCCGUCACUAUGCUGGCAACAAGGUCAUUGCAGGAUACAACCCUCUCAACGAGCCAGCAGACCCUAAGCACACCCGCCUCAUCGCAUGGUACGAGCGCGCCGAGAAGGCGAUCCGCGCCAUUGAUCCUGAUCACAUCCUCUUCCUAGACGGCAACACCUACGCCAUGGACUUCUCCGCCUUCUCACCAGAAAGGACACUACCCAAUAGCGUCUACAGCUGUCAUGACUACAGCAUGAUGGGUUUCCCCCUUCCCGAGCAGUACGACGGCACAUCCGAGCAGAAGGAGAAGCUGCGCACAAGUUUGAAGCGCAAGGUGGAAUUCAUGCAAGCGGCCGGCGUGCCCAUUUGGAACGGCGAGUGGGGCCCCGUCUAUCAGAACCCGAAGACGGAUUCCAACGCCGAGGCUACCAACGAGAAGCGAUUCGCCUUACUGAAGGAGCAGCUCGCCAUUUAUCGGGAAUUCGACGGCAUAUCGUGGAGUAUCUGGUUGUACAAGGAUAUUGGAUACCAGGGUAUGGUUUACCUCGACCCGAAUAGCCCGUACAUGCGCCUCAUCCAGCCGUUUGUUGAGAAGAAGCAACGGAAUGGCCUUGACUUCUGGGGUUGCGCAGAUAAGAGUGCCAUCGAUAAUGAAGUAUACACCCCUUUCAUCGAGAAGUUGAAGAAGCAGAUUCCUGCCCACUUGCUUAAGAAGAAGUACCCCAAGGUGUGGAACUUUGAUAGGCAGGUGGAGCGUGUGGUACGGGAGUGUCUGAUGAGCGAGUAUGCUGGCUGGGAGUUUGCGGAACUCUUUAAGGGCAAGACGGAGAGUGAGCUCGAGGAGUUGGCUGCCAGCUUUGCUUUGGAGAACUGCAAGACGCGCGAUCGGCUGAAUGAGUAUUUGAAGGAGGACGCGGUGACAGCGAAUGGGAAGCUCACCGAUGGAACUAAUGGUCACGCAUAA